CAUUCUCCAGAAAAUUGACCGUUUGAAAAAGCUUUCAACAUUUUUUUUGCCAAGUUUUAUUUUUCGAAACACUUUCUUGCUUUUACCGAUAAAAAUGGCUGAAAAAAUCACUGAUGAAACAAUAAUCGAUUUUUAUAAAUCAAACAAUAUUCAUACGAUUCGAAAAGAAGAUCUACAACGACCAAGUAAAGAAUUUGUUCUGCAACUUUAUACUCGAAUAUUGGAAAAAUUGGAUGUUUUCAAUAUCAAUCAACCGGAUAUUGUUGCUUGUACCAAUGGUUUAAUUGAUCAUAUGGAGAAAACAUAUUUGAUCAUCAAUGUUUUUACCGUUAUUAGUCGUUUUGUUUCGAAUGUUGGCCUGAAUGAUAUCAAAAUCAUUGAUAUUAUUGAACCGAAACGUAAUCGUACGAUUCGUAUUCUACAGGCAUUGGCUAAAUAUUAUGUUCGAUAUAAUACUUUAAAGGCUGAUUGGUUUAAAAAUGCAAACGAAUUUUCCGAUCUUCCUUAUGAACGAAAAGAAUUGCAAAAACGUAAAGUAGAACUGAAACAUUCGAUUGAAGAAAAAUCAAUGUUAUUAUCAUCGUUGAAAAAUAAAUCGGUUAGUAUUGAAAAAGAAAUGAAAACAUUGGAAGAAACAUUUGCUGCUCGAAAACAUGAUGCAGAAAAAGAGGAAAAAACGGCAGCCGAAAUAAAAGCUGAAAUAUUUGCCUUGAAAGGAAAAUCAUGUGAAAUCAAAUUGGAAUCGAGCGAAAUUAUUGAAUCAAAUAAAAAAUUGACGGAAAAUAUUAUCAAAUCACCAAAUAAAAUAAUAUCAGCAGUGAAUGAAUCAGAAAUCAAAUUGAAAAUAAUAAAAGAUGAAUUUCAACUACUGAAAUCACAGUUGAAUGAAUCACAAACGAAAAGAAAUUCAUAUUGCAUCGCAGAAACAUUUGUUAAGGCCAUUAAAGAAUUGAAAGAGUUGAUUGAAUUACAGGCCAAAAAUGAUGAAAAAUGUAAAGAAUUGGAAAAUAUUAUUAAAAAUACUGAUGCUUUAGCAGAAGAAAUUGCACAGAUCGAAAUAAAAAAGAAAAAAACCGAAGAAGGUAUUCGUUCAGUGAAAAAACAUAUCAGCAAAGAAAAUGUGGAAUUUAACCGUAAAAAAACUAUUCAUCUUGAAUUGUUGGAUGGAAUGUGCGAAAAAUACAAAACCAAUCAACAACAAAUUUCAGAAAUGAAAAGCUCCACCGACAUCAAAUCGAUUCGCAUUCAACAGCUUGAAAAGGAAUUGAAAGAACUUUGCCAAGGUGAACAACAACUUCGUCAACGACAUCUCAAUGAACAUCGAAUCAAUAUUGAGAAAAUUUUUCAAACUAUCCAAAAUUUUGAAAAAAUUCAACAAAACAAAAAACUUCAAAAAUAAACCAUAAAACAAUCGAA